AUUUAUUUACCUUUUAAUAUAAAUUACUUUAGAAAUAACUUCUGAAGAAUACAAAAUAGAAAACUAUGAAAGAUUGCAAGACUUAGGAACCGGUGGUUUUGGUGAAGUGUUUACAGUGAAGGCUAAACACAAUGGAAAGAUAUAUGCGAUUAAGAAAUGUCCAUUAAAUAAUUUGACUGCAAAAGUAAAAGAAAGUAUUUUGAAUGAAUCGAUAAACUUGAUAAAAUUGCAAUCAGAAUAUGUAAUUAAAUUUUAUUGUUCAUGGAAUCAAUACAAUUGUUUAUAUAUUCUUAUGGAUUGUUUGGCCGGAAAUUUAACACAACUUUUAAAAAUAAAGAGACAAUUAUUUGGGAGAAUAAUGACUGAAUUUGAAUAUUAUAUAUCAUAUGAAAUAUUUAAACAAUUGGUCGAAAGCGUGAAGUAUUUGCACAAUAAUAAUGUGAUUCACAGAGACCUCAAACCCGAUAAUGUGUUGAUUGAUAACGAAAACAAUUAUAGAUAUAUAAAGUUAUGUGACUUCGGUUUGUCUAAAUCCGUGGAUGUAUUGAAUUAUCGUUACAGACAAAGUAGAGUUAAACACACCGCAGAUGUAGUUCAAUAUAUGGCACCCGAAGCCAAGUCGGGCACCAAUUAUAACCAUUUAGUAGAUGUCUAUAGUCUGGCACUCAUUGGAGCGAAAAUAUUUGGUUUAGAUUCCGACGAUAUUAGGGACGGA